AUGACAAGGCAUGAAGCUUUGUUGCAAGAGACUUUAGACCCAAGUGGGACUCUAAUAAAGCAUCAAUGGCUUCAUAUCCUCGAGUUGCCAAUUGCCAUGCCGCCAUGUUGUGAAAUGCAAAGCAAACGUUUACAGAGGGAGUCAACUCAACAAGCUGAAAAAAAAAUUCAAGAAUAUGAAUCUAGCAGAUCUUUAUCCCAAGAAAUAUCUACGCAAGAUUCAUUAGCUCAUGUUUUAGGAAGUAAAGAGCAUUGUAGCCGUGUUCAGGGUUUAGGAUUGGGUCCUUAUCCAUCUCAAGUCUUUGGAUAUCCUUCUCGUUCAUAUAGUGGAAUAUCUUCAUCUCUUCCUUCUUAUAGGGAAUUGCAGAAUCAACAUAUUUUUAACUUGUUCUUAAUUAUUACAUUUCAAGUGUCUGAUCAAGGAAUUCAUCAUCACAAGUUUGUGAUAAAAUCUUCAUCUUUCACUAGAUUAUGUAGUACCAAGAACAUUUUGACAGUGAAUGGAGAAUUUCCGGGUCCAACCCUGAAAGCUCAUAGAGUAGACAAAAUUGUAGUUAAAGUUUACAACCGGGCAAAAUAUAACAUAACAAUACAUUGGCAUGGAGCAAGACAAGUAAGGAAUCCAUGGUCAGAUGGAACUGCAUACAUAACACAAUGCCCAAUUCAACCAGGAAAUAUGUUCAAACAAAUUAUCCAUUUGACAACAGAGGAAGGAACAAUAUGGUGGCAUGCACAUUGUGGGUGGGCAAAGGCUACAGUUCAUGGAGCUGUCAUUGUUUAUCCCAAGCGUGGACACCGUUAUCCCUUUCCCGAACCUCAUGCUGAGGUUCCGAUCAUACUAGGAGAGUGGUGGAAGAAAGAAGUAAUGGAGAUUCCAGAUAAUGCAAACAAAACAGGAGGAGAGCCAAUUCUAUCAGAUGCAUAUACCAUAAAUGGUCAACCUGGUCACCUAUAUCCUUGUUCCAAAAAAGAGACUUUCAAGAUGAUUGUGGACUAUGGAAAAACAUAUCUUCUUAGAAUAAUCAAUGCAGUGAUGGAUGAAGAACUUUUCUUUGCCAUUGGAAAACACAAAUUGACAGUGGUAGGUACAGAUGGAAGCUAUGUGAAACCAAUAAACACAAGUUACAUAAUGAUCACACCUGGCCAAUCGAUGGACAUUCUAUUGGAAGCAAAUCAACAUCCUGGUCACUAUUUCAUGGCUGGAAGGGCCUACUCAAGUGCUUUUGGUGCUGGUUUUGAUAACACAACUACAACAGGUUUGCUUAUAUACCGUGGCUCCAACCAUCACAAAAAGAGGCCAAUUCGCCCACAUCUUCCUCCAUACAAUAGAACACAAGCAGCAACUGAUUUCACUAAGCAAUUCAGAAGCCUUGCAAGUAAAACACACCCAACAAAUGUCCCAACAAAAGUGGACACCCAUUUGUUGUUCACCCUUUCUGUUAAUCUGCUUAAUUGUACUGAUAAACCUUGCACAGGCCCUUUUGGCAAAAGGUUUUCUGCUAGUGUGAACAACAUUAGCCUUGUAUAUCCACAUAUUGAUUUUCUUAGAGCCUACUACUAUAAAAUUCAAGGUGUGUUUGACAUGGAUUUUCCAAGAGAGCCAAACAAGGAAUUCAAUUACACAGGCGAUAAAUUGCCUGAAUACCUGUUGACCCCAACAUUUGACACCAAAGUGCUGGUUCUGGAUUAUAAUGCCAAUGUUGAGCUUAUUUUACAAGGAACCAAUGUAUUAGCAAGUGACAAUCACCCUAUUCAUUUACAUGGAUACAGCUUCUAUGUGGUGGGUUGGGGUUUUGGGAAUUUUGACCCCAAAAAGGACCCCCAAAAUUAUAAUCUUAUUGACCCACCUCAGGAGACCACAGUUGGAGUUCCUAACAAUGGUUGGGUGGCCAUCAGAUUCAGAGCUGAUAAUCCAGGCUUGUGGUUACUACAUUGUCAUAUUGAACGCCACAAUACUUGGGGCAUGGCUAUGGUGUUCCUAGUGAGGGAUGGCCCUUAUCCUCAUACAAAAAUUUUUCCACCCCCUCGGAGUUUACCCAAAUGUUAA